UCUAUAAUUGUAGUUAAUUAAAUAUGGCAGAAAGUUUAGAUACUUUUCAGAGAAUAAUGUUCUAUGUUUAUGCAGAAGAAAGAAUUGCAAAUUUGGAGAAUCAAAUUGCAAACCUCAAGGAAAUUGUAGUGAGACAAAAUGAAAUCAUUGUAAGGGAACUCGCUGACAUUAAAGCUUUAGUAAAUCGGGAUCAGGAUAGCAAACCAUUUCUCGAAAUAUUUCCCAUUUUGAAUAAGAAAGCUUUAAAUGACUUCGAGAAAAAUAUUGGAUCUUAUGAUGAAGCCACUUUGAUUUCAAAUGUCCAAAAAAUAAUUUCGAAGGGUGGGUUUGCAAAAAAUUUGCAUAGCAUUCUUGGUAAAGAAAUUAUCACUAAUUACAAUUAUGAUGGUAUACAGACAAAAGAGGCUUUUAAGGUGUACACUCACAUCAAUAAUAUUUUUUACAAAGCUGUAGGUAGUGAAGUCUUAACUAAAGAAAAUUAUAUUAAUGAAAUAAAAAAGGGCUUCAAGGUGGCAAAAAAUAGAUAUUAUAGAGAGACUUUUUUCAGUAAAAAAACAAAGAAAAAACUAACAUAG